UGCUCGGUUUGGCGCUGAACAGUUGACUGUGCGCUGGAAGAGAGACCUAGAGGCAACCUCCGGGUGCCGGGGAUGCGACGCAGACUGGCGCUGAUGUCUGUGCCGUGAUGUGUGUGGCGUCUGAGCAACAGCCCGGAGUGGGUGUGAGUCUGUGAUCCGAGGUGACAAUCCAGAUAACUGUGGGGCUGACAAUGCACCGACUACCAAACAUGCAUGAUUUGAAUUUAAUGGAAGCUACUGGGAAAUUCGAAGGGAUUCUUCUGUGACAGCUAUCGUGCGAUAGAAGUUAUAUGAAAACGGCUUUUAAACAUUGCAGUAGAUUUUUAAGUGAUCAGUGAAAUUUUAUAAGUGGAAUGGAUUGGUUAUAUUUUUGGGAAGGUGAAUAGCUCUUCGUGCCAACUUUGCAUUUUUUCCUUGAAGAGUGGAUCAAAGAAGAAACUUCAAUGUGGCGUUACGCUGGUUCCUAAGAAUGGCGUUAAUGAAGGCGAACUUAAGCUGUCUGGAUAGUUUAUCCCGGGGAAACAACUGCCUCCCUGCCAGCAGCACGUCUCCCGGGGUAGCGGCCACCCUCGCCGGCGUGCUGAUCUUCACCACCGUGGCUGAUAUCGUUGGAAAUCUACUAGUCAUCCUAUCCGUGUACAGGAACAAGAAACUCAGGAAUGCAGGUAACAUCUUUGUGGUCAGUCUUUCUGUCGCUGACUUGGUGGUGGCGCUGUACCCAUACCCCUUGGCUCUGGUCGCUAUCUUCCAUAAUGGCUGGACAAUGGGCUCCCUGCACUGCCAGCUGAGUGGGUUUGUUAUGGGACUGAGUGUGAUCGGCUCGGUUUUCAACAUCACGGCAAUCGCCAUCAACCGUUACUGCUACAUCUGCCACAGUUUCCGCUACGACCAGCUGUAUUCUCGUCGAAACACCUGUCUGUACCUGCUGCUCACCUGGGUGCUAACCGCUCUGGCCACCAUGCCCAACUUCCUUGUUGGUUCCCUAAAAUAUGACCCACGUGUCUUCUCCUGCACAUUCACCCAGACAGCAAGCUCUUCUUACACUGUCUGCGUUGUUCUGAUCCACUUCCUCGUACCUCUGGGCGUGGUUUCUUUCUGCUACCUGCGCAUAUGGACGUUGGUGAUUAGGGUCAAAGGUCGUGUCCGCCCCAAUCCGAAAGUCAGAGCGGCUGACCUGAGGAAUUUCUUGAUGAUGUUUGUGGUGUUUGUGCUGUUCGCCGUGUGCUGGGCGCCCCUGAACUUCAUUGGGCUCGCCGUGGCGGUUAACCCAGCAAGAGUGGCACCGAAUGUCCCAGAGUGGCUGUUUGUUAGUAGCUACUUCAUGGCUUAUUUCAACAGCUGUCUGAAUGCUGUUGUCUAUGGGUUGCUUAACCAGAACUUCAGGCAAGAGUACAAACAGAUUCUCCGUGCUCUCUGCACCCCAAGAGCACUGUUCACUGAAAGUUCCAGGUACAACACUGAAGCCAUAAAGAGUAAACAUUCUCCAGCAGGAACCAAUAACAACGUGAAAGAGACCAAUAUGUAUAAGGGUGGAGUAACACACACUCUUUUCUAGUAGAUCACUCCUCAUUUAACUUACAACCACAAUGUUAGAGUACAAUGGAGUUAAAAGCACACCGGGGUAAAAUGCACAUUUGAUUUUAUUUUUCAAGAUCACCGCAGCACUUUUCUAAACAUCCAUUGUUCACUAUGCACCAGGAAAUUUGACUGAUCCUUGACUUAGCAAAUAAAAAGUCAAUUCUGCACUACACUUACCUCUAAAAUUACCAAAUAUAUUCUGAGACCACGGUCUUGUUAAUGAUUUUCAGUUUUGUUCAAAGUAAUUUAAACAGCAGUUUUUCAGUAGCUGAGUAUUAUGUGAAAUUACGAUAUUUAGGGAAAAAGUGCUUCUACUGUUGAAGUUAAAGGCACAAUAAUUGGAAUGAAAAAAAAUAGCAGGCUGACUUUUUCAUUUGUUGACAUGAGAUGGUUAGAUUCAGAUGGUCAGUAUCAUGUAUUUCUAUUUGAAUGAACAUUCCUUAACAAAUGCCGUGGUUGUCAGCCUUUUUAUGCGUUUUGUUUAAGCAGACUUGAGCUAAACUGAAAAAAAAACUACUGCAGAUGGCUGAGUAUAUGCUCUUGUGUUCUUAUAAAGAUUGGUUGAUGCCAUGGCAACCAACACUGAAAAAGACAUUUUGAUGCUCUGUGUCCAUUGUAAAUUCUUUGUAUAUGGAUGUUUUGUAUAUCAGGCAGUGUGUUUCUAAGUAACAGAAUGAACACAUGAUUUUUUUUGUAGUAAUAUUAAAGGAAAAUAAGACUGACGCUUAUUAAGGUAACAUACAACUGAUACAUCCAUAAUUAUUGUAGAUCAAGUUGUAUGUUUUCAAUUUUGCAACAAAAAUGAUUUUAGUGAAAUGUUUUGAUAUAUAUCUACUUGAUGUUGUACAUGUCAUACAAUCAGGGUUGGCAUUUCCAAUCCGAGUGGUCUGCAUGCAACGGUGCUAAAAACUAAACUACAUCUUUAUCUUUGUAGUCCUGUCUUUCUUCUCUUGCUAUAUCUUGCCUCCAUAAUUGACAGUCAUACUUUUCUCUAGCCCGAUUACUUACCUUCAUUUUUUCUGCACACACUACACACUCUUGCUCCUGUCCUUGAGGAAGAUUUAUCGCUUCUCCAGACACUAAAAGAGCUGGCUGAAAGGGGCAUGAUGAUGACCUGAUGCAAGCUUCUCUGAAGCAGUAAUUUUCACAGAACGGCUUGAAGUAUUAACCCCCGAU